AUGAAAUCACAAUUCCAGAAGAAGACCACCAAGAACACAGAGUCAGUGUGCAGUAAACCUUCUUGUUUCUUCUGCACCAUGAAUGAGCCAGACCCCUCUCUCAGAAAAGCUAGAAUCAUCAAAGCCUUCCAAGAUUUGCCUCUCAGGAAUGACCAAGAACAUGUCCUUGCACUAAGCAGCCUCUGGAACAUAGCCAUGAUGCAGCCUAAUGACCCUGAAUUCCCAUCUCUUGGAAUCUUUGAAUGCAUGGCAAAGCUUAUUCACAAAGGCGUCAAUGACAAAAAGUGGCUGCUAAGUGACCAGAACAUCUAUAUCCCCUACUAUGCAGCCCAUACUAUUGGCUCUUACACCAUGAACAAGGUUCAAUUUGCAGAGAAGGCUGUAGAAUCAGGGGUGGUUUUUCCAUUAAUUGAGCUGAUGAGAGGUAAGAUCACCUGGGUGGAGCAACGAGUGGCGGUUCGGGCUCUUGCUCAUAUAGCGAGCCAUGAAGAGAUCUUUGAAGAAGCCAUUGGUGUAAAUGAAGUGGAGAUUGUAGAAUCAGCCAUGGAGAUGGCCAUGACCUGCCUCAAAGAGGUGUUUGAUAAGUUUGUUGGCUUGGAACAUUCAAAAAGAUUGAAGUACCAGUGUGAUUUGGUGACGAGAGGGCUUGGAGGGUUGGAGAUUGAGGACAGAAAGGCAGAGGAAUGGGCUAGCCAGCUUCAGUGCUGGUCUCUCAAUCUUCUCAAUUGCUUUGCAUGCAAAGAAAAGUCUCUGAAUUUAAUCUGCAACAGAGAAUUCUUGAUUGAAUUGUGUGGAAUGUGGGGUGGUUUGGCAAACCCAACUUCACCUGCUGUGAUUAGGCUGUUGAGAUCACUUUGUCAAACCAAAAUUGGAAGACAAAGUGUAGCAAAUUUACAAGAAGUCAUAAAGGCACUCUGCAACCUCUCAAGGUCCUCAGAUGAUUGGCAGCUGAUGGCCAUUGAUUGUCUUCUGCUACUCCUCAAAGACCCGGAAACCAGAAUCACACAGGCUCUCUUACAAGAUUACCAUAAAAUCAAGUAUGGGGACUUGAAAUUCCAGAGGAAGAAAGUUGAGAGAGCUUUGAAGGAGACAUGGGAUUUGAAGGUUGACAGAAAAAGGAGGGAGAAGUUAAUGUCUGAACAAGAAAUCAGAGAGAGAAAAUCAAUGGUGAGACAGCUCAAACAAGAAGGAAAUCUAAACUUCUGGUCAGGGAACAUAGAAAAGGCUGUGAUGGAGUACACAGAAGCCAUGCAUAUGUGCCCAUUAAAGAUGAGAAAAGACAGGCUUGUGCUGCAUAGCAACAGAGCUCAGUGUUACUUGCUGCUGAGGAACCCAGAGGCUGUCAUCAGUGAUACAACCAGAGCUCUGUGCUUAUCCAGUGCAGUGAGCCCUCAUGGUAAGAGCCUGUGGAGAAGAUCACAGGCUUAUGACAUGAAAGGGUUGGCAAAAGAGAGCUUGAUUGACUGCGUAACAUUUGUUCAUGGCCGUAUGAAGUCCGGCCAAACCGAAAGGGCAGAAAUCCCAAGCUACGCGGCACGUAUGAUUAACAAGCAGAUGAAUAAAACUUGGUUAUUUGCUCCUGCCAAGUCCAGGAGUUUUAACAACCAUGAAGAGUUAAUAGAAUCUCAUGGCCACGGUAGGCUUACCAUCGCAGACGAAACGUUUGCUGAAAAAAGAUGGAGAAAGCUAGAAAGGGAAAGAAGAAGAGAAAAAGGUGUAAAUGUCACAGAAAGGAUGGGAAGUUUGAAAAUUGGGUAA